AUACUUAUACCAUGUCUCUGAAGGUUGGCGGCAAUGUAGUCACCGGAAAUACAUUCACGUGUUUCAUUUUGCCGUUCAAGCUGGUUUCACCAUACCCUGAACAGUUCACUACCGGUUCCUGUUUGGAAGUGUCGUGUGUUAGGCGAAGAUGAAGAUCGGCCUUUGUGCGUACAGUGGGUAUAAAAUAUACCCUGGCCAUGGCAAGACCAUGGUCAAAGCUGACGGGAAGGUUUUUACCUUCCUGAACGCGAAAUGCGAGUCGUCGCACCUCAUGAAGAGGAACCCUAGGAAAGUGACAUGGACAGUUUUGUACAGGCGCAAACACAAGAAGGGUCUGGAAGAAGAAGCUGCCAAGAAAAGAACAAGGCGCACUCAGAAAUUUCAGCGCGCUAUUGUUGGUGCGUCUUUGACAGACAUCAUUGCAAAGCGUAACAUGAAGCCAGAAGUACGAAAGGCCCAACGGGAACAAGCUAUUAGGGCUGCAAAAGAACAAAAGAAAGCUGUAAAGGCCUCCAAAAAGCAGGUUGCACCUCCUAAACAAAAGCAAGCCCCCAAGCAGAAGGCUUCUCGUGUUACGCAGAAGAGUGCACCUCGUGUUGGUGGCAAACGUUGAAAUUUCUGUAUGUAAUAAAGUUGUGAAAAUAAUGAAAGAUUUUUCUUUGAACCCUGAACAAUGAAACAAAUAAACAGAUCUGACUUGCAGAUGUGAUGAUAAAGAGCUCUUGCCUUGUCCUUCAAAUCUUAUAAAUGUUUUGUUGCAAUUUAAGAACAAAAAUUGUGUAAAAUCUGGGGCAGAGGAGCUGUGAACAAAUUUGAGAGGAUGGUUUAAGGUGGUAUUAGCUCAGCAAACCUCCAGCUAAAGUUUGUGAAUUGCCAUGAGUAUAUUAUUU